AUGUACUCUGUAGAGUUCAUGGCCUCACCAUGUCGUGACCAUCACCCAUCUGGUCCAGUCCUCUAUGCUGUGAUCUACCCGAGUGGGUUGAGUCAAGAUUUCAGUGAGUUCUGGCAACGCGCAGGACCGGGAGUGUCAUCUCGACUGGCGCAGCAGUGUCUCAAAUACGGGCUUAGCCCUAAAAUUUGCGCAUGGGCCCCAGGCCCCGAAAGCGCCAUGCAAAAAUCGUCUGCAGACCUGCAUCCUGUCUACCAACAAAUUCGAUCACGGAUUUCUGGUUAUUUCCAGCGGUCCACGGACAACUCGCAGAUCACUAGGCAGGUAUCCCUCUCUGAUGUCUUCUUGUACGGCUCAGGGAUGGCUGCUAUCCACCACGUCCACCAGUCCCUUCUGAAUUGGCGGUCUGGUGAAUCCAUAAGUACUGGCCUGCUGUAUGAGCCAACUUAUAGGAUGUUGCAAACCUAUGGACCAGGACUGAGGGCCUAUAAGCUCGGAACCGAUGGUGACUUGGAUGAUCUUGCUGCUCAUCUUGCUGCGGAACCUGAUGAUUGCCCUACGGUGCAAGCAAUUUGGUGUGAAUGUCCUAGUAAUCCCUUGCUACGUACGGUUGAUUUGGAACGUCUGCGUCGGUUGGCAGACCAGCAUGAGAUACCUCUAGUGGUAGAUGACAGUAUCGCUAGCUUUGCCAACGUCAAUCUCUUGGACGUGGCAGACAUUGUCGUCUCAUCACUUUCCAAAUACUUCAGUGGAUAUGCUGACGUUAUGGCAGGAAGUAUUGUCUUGAAUCCUAGUUCAAAGCACUAUGGUGCUAUGAGACGACAAGUCGCCAGCACGUAUGAAAAUGGUCUGUUUGUGGAAGAUGCGAUUCAGCUGGAACUCAACAGCCGAGACUUCUCAGCCCGCAUUUCUCGCAUCAAUAAAACUACCCAGUAUCUUGUGACAAAGCUAUUGCCACUUGUCUCAAAUCCGUCUAGCCCGCUUACCCGGAUUUACCACCAAUCUUUGUGCCACUCCCGUGCCUACUACGACCGCCAGAUGUGUUCCAAGUCCGAAGAAUUUGAGCCUGGGUAUGGAGGUGUCUUUACAAUGGAGUUCAUUGACAUCGAAAGCUCUUCUAUCUUUUUCGAUCACCUGGAUGUCUAUAAAGGAUUAUCAUUCGGUGCAGAUGUCUGCAUUGCCUCGCCUUACAUGCAGAUGACUGGGCAGGCGGGCAAGAGACAGGGGGCUACCAAUGACACCAACGAGACUAUCAUCCGGUUCUCUGUGGGUCUAGAAGAGGCCGCAGAUAUUUUGCAGAUAAUCAGCACUGCAUUAGAUGCUGCGGAUUCUGUGCACAUUCCCAAGUGCCAGGCAUCCCUAUAG